CAUUUCUAGAUUGAUCCAUCCAAACGACCUAACGGCGCAACCACUCAACCAUUGCCUCAUUCGUGUUAAUUAAAUGUGUUUAGUACAUAUGAUAUGAAACAAAAUGAAAAAUACAUGCCACAACUUUUAAGGGGGAAAAAACAACUUAGUAAAGUGGAUGCAAGAACGCCCCAACUGAACUAGAAGGGUUACUGAGCGGUCUGGCAUUGGCCAAUUCCUUGCAUUAAAUGCAGAAUAUAUAAGCAUACAAGCAGAGCUUUUGUCGUAGUCUUAUCAGGGUACUGAAACCAUUGAUAAACCAUCAUGCAGCCACGUUCUCCCUCAUUUCUCCACCAUCUCAUCUUAAACUCUCUUCCUCCCUACAUUCAUAUUCAAACCCACAGAGCUGCAAAAUUCAUCACUGUAAACCAUGCAGGCUCUCUGGACGUCGCUACUAAACUGCAAGCCAAGCUGUCGGGGAAAGAUAGCUGAUGUUUGUGGCCAUCACGACCGCCGUCACUAUGAGCAUGCUGAGGACUCCAGAACCAGGAGCUGCAGCUGCAGUCCUCCACCUAGUUAUCGACGGUCCCAUAAGAUAAGAACACAGUUUGUUGAGGUGAGCAUUGGAGACCCGGCGAGGAACGUCGCCGAGAUGAUCUUCCAUAGGGCAUCAUCAUCUCUGAAUCCCACGAAUUCUGCAACAAGGAAGAUAAGAAAGGUGUUGAGGGUGAACAACUCUGCUGAAAUCGUGGAAAGGUUCGAGAGGUACAGAGAGAAGGUGAAGAAGAUUGCCUGCAGAGAAGAGCUCAGAGGAUAUCCAAGGAGCAGUGUGGAUGGGGAUGAGGUUCUCAGAUUCUUCGGCACCACCAUUUCCUGCUGCAAUCAACAACAAUACUCCUCUGCUGCUGCUACUGAAGCCAGGGAGCUGUGCAGAAACAAGAACUGUGGAGUCUGCAGAGCGAUUCGGUGUAGUUUCAAUACAGAACACCACAGGAAGAACAGUGGUAUUCAACUCAGCACAAGGAGUGAUGAACUGACUGAUGAGCAUUGUGUGACCGGGCUGUCGAAGGUGGUGGUGGGAGCUGAUCAAGAAAGAGCUGUGGUACUGUGCAGGGCAAUUGCAGGGGCUACUACUACAGAUGCUAGCAAAGUUAACAAUGGAAGAAAUAUUCAUAAGACUGAUCCAAACUCAAACUCGGAAUCUUUGGUUGUAACAAAUCCUGGCGCAAUACUUCCCUGCUUUGUCAUAGUAUUCACAUGACACUCUUAAAGAUUGCAUUCACAAGAUAAUUGGCAGUUUCUAUAAUAAACCAAAUCUCAUCAGCCACCAGGUAACUGCACUUGAGGCAAAAAAGAAAGCAUGCUGAAAUUCCAAAUUAAAGUUGGAGCAGAAAG